AUGGACUCAUUAAUUGAAAAAUGGAAAAAGACAACUCAAAGUGCAUCUAGAUAUAGUGAGUAAAAAUUAAAAAAACAAGAAAGAAAUCUCUCUUCAUCAUCAGAAAGUUCUUAAGAAUAGAAAUUAGUGAAUAACAUUAAUAAAAAUUCCCCUUAACCUCAAACUACUAAGAGUGUAAAAUAAUCUAUAUAAUCCUCUGGUAAAAAACCAACUUAAUAAUCUUUAUAAAACUCAGGCAAUAAAAAAUUUAUCAAACCAUAAACAUUUUCAUAAUUACUUGAUUUUUUUACAUCUUAAUUCUAAACUUUAUUCAAAAGCAACAUAUUACCCUCAUAAUUGAAUGAAUAAAUUAAGACUAUAUUAGUAGAUUUUGCUGAAAAUUUUCAAUCUCUCAGUGCAUCUGGUUUUAGUGGAGCAUAGAUUGAAGAUUUGUAAAAUAAAUUAAAUUAAGCUGAAUAAUAAAUUUUUACUUUAAGAAAUAGCAAUGCUAAAGAUGAUUUCAGCAAAAAAAUAAUUAGUGAACUAGAAGAUAAGUUAUUAGAUAGUGAAAAAUAAAGAGUUAAAUUAAAAUAAUAAAAAGAAUAAAUGCAAAUACAAAUUGAGAAAAUCUCUGAAUCAUUAGGAAAACAUUAAAUCAACUAAGAAUUAAUUCAUCAAAUGAAAUAAGAAAAUUUAUAAUUAAGAAAAAAUAAUGAUAUCUUGGUAACCUAAAUCUAAUAAUUAAAUACUCAAAAUAAAGAAUAAUAAGUAUUAUGGAAUUAAUAAAUAGAAGAUUUAAUUAAAAUGAUGGACAUCUUAAGAAAAUCUUCAAGUUCCUGA